AUGGCCGUCACAUUGGGAAUUGCAACCCGUGGCUGGCAAAAACAGGGUUCCCUUGUGGGGGAGGGACCUCAUGUCACAGUGGGGUGUGAAAAUAGAAAUCCCGAAAACCCCUCGGGAUUUUUGAUAGCGGCCACUGUGGAGCACCCUUUCCAGAAAUUAGAUUGGACCACUGAUGAAGCAAUCUGGAUUGAUCAGUGGCCGCUUCGGAAAGGUAAAUUAAAGGCACUCAACGAGCUCGUGGAGGAGCAACUAGCAAAGGGUAACAUAGUCGAGACCACGAGCCCUUGGAAUUCCCCGGUCUUUGUCAUUCGGAAGCCAGGGAAGGACAAGUGGCAGCUCCUCCACGACCUUCGGGCUAUUAAUAAAGUCAUUGUAGACAUGGGGCCCCUUCAACCAGGGAUGCCAACCCCGACUAUGCUCCCCCGAAAUUGGAAUUUGGCUAUCAUUGAUAUCAAAGAUGUUUUUUUCCAAAUUCCUCUACACCCUGAUGAUGCCCCGCGGUUUGCCUUCUCAGUUCCAACCCUUAACCGAGAAGCCCCAAUGAGGCGGUUACACUGGCGAGUAUUGCCUCAGGGCAUGAAAAACUCACCUACCAUCUGCCAGUGGUAGGUUUCCUCAUUGCUGUCCCCUCUGCGCGCCAAACUGGGGGAGGUCAUCAUCCAUCAUUAUAUGGAUGAUGUCCUGGAGGAUAAGGUUCAGAGGAUGCCGCCCUGGAAGUAUCUGGGUCUGCGGAUUGCUGAGAGGACCGUUGUGCCUCAAAAAUUGGCCAUUAACAGCAAUCCAAAGACUUUGGCGGACCUCCAUUUGCUGUGUGGAACCUUGAACUGGGUCAGGCCUUGGCUGGGCCUCACUACUGAGGACCUAGCCCCCCUCUUGGUACUUCUGAAGGGGGAGAAGGAGCUAAGUUCUCCCAGGACCCUGACCCCAGAGGCGAGGAAAGCCCUGGAGAAAGUGGAAGAUGCCCUGGUCAAAAGACAGGCGCAUUGGUAUGAACCAACCCUACCAUUCGAGUUCAUUGUAUUAGGGAGGCUGCCACACCUGUGCAGGCUGAUUUUUCAAUGGGACCAAGGCUCUAAGGAUCCCCUCUUGAUCAUAGAGUGGGUUUUCUUGAGUCAUCAAAGGUCCAAAAGUGUCACCCGGCCACAGGAACUGAUGGCUCAGCUUAUCGGGAGAGCUCGAGCUAGGCUUAGGGAGAUGGCCGGGUGUGAUUUUGCAUGCAUUCGAGUGCCGGUCAACUUGUCUUGGGACAAGGUGUCCCCGGAUAGGCUGACAAAAGAGAUGUUCAAUCAACUGCUUUGGGAAAACAAGAUCCUCCAAAUUGUCUUUGAUAGUUAUGAAGGACAAGUUUCAGUCCACGCCCCUGUGCACAAAUUUUUCAACGCUAAAUUUAAUGUGAUCCCUAAAGAGGUGCGGAGCAGGAAGCCCCUCAAAGCCUUAACUGUUUUCACUGACGCAUCCGGGGCAUCUCACAAGUCUGUGGUGACUUGGUGA